CAAAUUGUCUUUGUGCCUUUUUUUUUUCUCGAAAAAUUUCCCGUUCCUUUUUCUCAUUCCCAAAUCCCCCGAGUCGACAAACCCACGACCAAACGGCCAUCGCCCAAUUCGACAACAAUGGCUGCUUCUACUACCGUUCCCACCAAGGACCAGGUCCUCGUUCCCGAGACCCUUCUCAAGAAGCGCAAGAGCCAGGAGAAGGCUCGCGCUGAGAAGUCCACCGAGCUUGAGCAGCGCAAGAAACUCAACAAGGAGAAGCGCGCUGUCAUCUUCAAGCGUGCCGAGAAGUACGUCAAGGAGUACCGCGAUGCCGAGCGUGAGAAGAUCCGUCUCAACCGCCUCGCCAAGCAGGAGGGCAGCUUCUACGUCCCUCCUGAGGGCAAGCUGAUCUUCAUUGUCCGAAUCAAGGGUAUCAACAAGAUCGCCCCUAAGCCCCGCAAGAUCCUCCAGCUCCUCCGUCUCCUUCAGAUCAACAACGGUGUCUUCGUCCGUGUCACCAAGGCUACCGCUGAGAUGAUCAAGAUCGUCGAGCCGUGGGUUGCCUACGGUUACCCCAACCUCAAGAGCGUCAAGGAGCUCAUCUACAAGCGCGGAUACGGAAAGAUCAACAAGCAGCGCAUCCCUAUCACCGACAACUCCAUCAUCGAGGAGAACCUUGGCCAGUACGGCAUUGUCUGCAUUGAGGAUCUCGUCCACGAGAUCUACACUGUCGGCCCCAACUUCAAGCAGGCCUCCAACUUCCUAUGGCCCUUCAAGCUCAGCAACCCCAACGGUGGCUUCCGAACGCGCAAGUUCAAGCACUUCAUCGAGGGUGGUGACCUUGGUAACCGUGAGGACAAGAUCAACAACCUCAUCCGACAGAUGAACUAAAUUUACGGGUCAAUGGUUAAAUGGGUCUGGUAUUUAGGGGUUUGCUUUUGAGCAUGGUUCACGGCGUUCAUAAAAGCUUCGGAUGCUAUCAAUAAGUGAAUUGAGAUUUUAUGAUCAUGGCAACCCCAUACUUUCAUCUGUCCCUCUCUGUCUGAUUGUGAAUAAUUGUGUUAUUGUGAGGCCUCGCUAGGUCAAUGCCAUCAUGCGUUCUCGGGUCUAAUAGUUCUGAAUUCAUACCAAGUCAUCGAUAUCGAAUUGUUGUAGAGUUAAUGGCAUGGGCUCAUAGGAAACACGCUAGAAGUAUGAAUUAAUAGUAGUCCAAGUUGUUCAUGAUAUUGGUAUGUUCAUUUGUACCAUCAGUGCCUUGCGUUAUAAGCACCUCGUCAUUCGCAAAGGAGUUGGGAUUCCAGAAUAU